AUGAGUGACGUCGGGACGCUCGCUGCCAUGGACGCCUUUGCGGGCGGCGCGAGGCGCAGGCCCUCGCGUCUACCGCCGCCACCGCCCUUCGUGCCGCCACCGCCGCCCCAGCGCCACGACCACUUCUAUGUGCGCCGCAAGUCCCCCGUGCCCAGACACUCCUCUAACCUUACGCUCUUCGCGCGCUCCAAUGAACCAAAGAAAGAUAAAUUAGAGAAUGGUGGCGAAUUAGUGAGGCCUGAAAGACCGAACUCGUUGACAGCGGGUAAACUUCCAAGGCGGUUAUGCUAUCAAGGAGAUGUGAACUAUGGCGGAGGCGUGGGUGGGGGUAGCGAAGCCGACGUCAGCGCGGAGGAACAGCUCAUGCUGUCGGAAUUGCCGGAGCCUCCAAUCGCGCUGUCGGAGAUCGGCCCCAUCCCGCCGCCGCCUAUGUUCAGCUCGCCCAGUCCUCCGCGACACCAUCACUCUCACCCCCUAACAAAUACUCUCUCCGAUUCUGAGGACGAAGACUCACAAGACGAGGACGAAGCGGACGCGGGCGCGGACACGUCCCGCGUAGAAGAGAUCCCGCCCAAAGAGCCGCUAUUCAACGCGGUGCCUCUUAAGUCGGCGCUUAAGAAGCGGCCGGCCGCCUCGCCCGCCGCCACGCCGCUCGCCACGCCGCUCGCGCCGCGCCAGGACCACCACCACGCCAGCUUCAAGCGGCCGCCGCCCAAGCCGAGGAUCCGCAUAUGUAGCCGGCCAGUGCGCGUGGGCAACGCGUUGGAGAACAAAGAGAAUGCGCGGCCGUGGGAGGGCGAGUACCGCGACGAGUAUGCGAGCGAGUCGGAGCGCGUGGCCGCCAAGCUCGCGCGCAAGGAGAGCCUCAACAUCAAGCUCGCGUUGCGUCCCGACCGCCAGGAACUUAUCAACAGGAACAUACUGGUGGUGCAGAGUGAGCACGAGCGUCAGGAGUCGUGGGAGGCUAUCGGCGCCCGGCUGAUUCGCCGCCUGUCCAUGCGACCCACAGCGGAGGAGCUCGUCGAAAGGAAUAUACUUAAAAGUCAGUCGCCCGCCGAAGAGAAAAAGCAGAAGGAAGAGAAAAAGCGGUACCUCUUACGCAAACUUAGUUUUCGACCGACUGUUGAUGAACUCAAAGAGAAGAAAAUCAUACGAUUCAGCGACUACAUUGAAGUUACACAGGCGCACGACUACGACCGGCGCGCGGACAAGCCGUGGACGCGGCUGACGCCCCGCGACAAGGCCGCCAUCCGCCGCGAGCUCAACGAGUUCAAGAGUUCCGAGAUGGCGGUGCACGAGGAGAGCAAGCACCUCACUAGGUUCCAUAGACCA